AUGAUAUGUGGUCCUAUUGUUGGAAUGAAUCUCCACACUCAAAAUAUCAUGUUUGGAGUUGGGUUUCUUUUGAAUGAGAAGUCAGGUUCUUUUGAGUGGCUUUUUAAUUCUUUUUUGAUAUCUAUGGGUGGGAAGCAACCGGUUACUAUCAUGACGGAUCAGAGUUCUGCAAUGGACAAGGCUAUAAGGCAUCGGUUAUGUACAUGGCAUAUAGGAGAAAAUGCUAUUGUAAACAUCAAAGGUGUUAUGGCUAAGGAUGGUUUCAAACGUAGAUUUGAUUAUGUUUUGAAAUAUACUGACACAAUUGCCGAGUUUCAGCAUUAUUGGAAUAGUCUUAUGACUGAUUACAAUUGCAAGACACACAAAUGGAUAGAGAGGUUAUAUGAUUUGAAAGAGAAAUUGUGUCCUGCAUAUAACAAAGAGUGGUUUUCUGGGGGUAUUUUAUCUUCUCAAAGGAGUGAGACGACAAAUCAUUCUAUUUCUAGGAGGUUGCAUAAAACGAAUGGUUUAUGUGAUUUUUAUAAGUGUUUUUUAGAUGUAAUUGAUGAAUGGAGAAGUAAGGAGAACAAGGGAGAUUAUAAUUCUUCUACUGGAAAUAGAUAUUACGCAUGUGCGGAUAACAUGUUAUGUUUGCAUGCGCGGGAUGUGUAUAUCAUUGCAAUAUAUUUGAUAUUUGAGCAACGAUUUAUCAAAGCAAUUGGUUUGAGGUGUCAACGCAUUUCCUAUGAGUUUCCAGUUUCUAAGUACAUUGUUGGGCAUCCUACAAAGGAUUUUAUUAGACAUGUUGUGAAGUUUAAUGAGCAAGAGAUGGUUGUUGAUUGUACUUGCAAGUCAUAUGGAAAGAUAGGAGUUCUUUGUUCUCAUAUUCUUUGA